GGAUUAAGUUUCCUUUUUUUUUCUUACCUCACUCCCUCCCAUUUCUCCUUGUUCACUACCUCCUCCUCCUUCCCUCCCUUUCUCUCUCUUGGUACACUAGUGAAGUCAUCUUUCCUCAUCUGCUCCUUUUAAGCCGGAAUUUUUGAGAGGGAGGUCCCUGCAAAGCAUAUACAAACACUCAGUCAAGCAUCCUCACUCGUCCCAACACGCUGCACUAGUAGCCAGCAGACAACUGACCUAUUCCUUCACACAGGAGUCGGCAUGGCUAACAAAGGUCCAUCCUUCGGCCUGAGCCGGCAGGUUCAGGAUAAGAUCGACAGCAAGUAUGACCCUGAGCUGGAGCAGAUCCUGGUGGAGUGGAUCAGCCGCCAGUGUGGCUCCGGAGUCGGGAAGCCAGAGGCCGGCAAAAUUGGCUUCCAGACCUGGCUGAAAGAUGGAUGUGUUCUGAGUGAACUGAUUAACACUCUUUUCUCCGGGGAGAAACCUGUGAAGAAGAUCCAAAGCUCACCCGCAGCCUUCAAACAGAUGGAGCAGAUCUCCCAGUUCCUCAAUGCUGCCGAGAAGUAUGGCGUCACCAAGACUGACAUGUUCCAGACCGUGGACCUUUGGGAAGGUAAGGAUCUGGCUGCGGUGCAGAGGACUCUGUCAGCUCUGGGCAGCUUGGCCAUCACUAAGGAAGAAGGCACAUACAAAGGAGAGGCUAACUGGUUUUUCAAGAAAGCCCAGGAGAACAAGCGAGAUUUCUCAGAUGACCAGAUGAAGGCGGGCAAAAACGUGAUUGGCCUACAGAUGGGGUCCAAUCAGGGAGCCAGUCAGGAAGGCAUGAGCUAUGGAAGACCCCGGCAGAUCAUGUAAAAUCACUGAGACAGAUACCAGUAACCUCCUCAGCCCCUUACACCUUCUUACAGACUGUUAGUUUAACCGGUCCACUACAACUCCCCUUUAACCCCUAAAACUCUUCCUGCUUUAGAUUUUAGCUUCCUUCUAACAGAUACCCCCGACACUUUACUUUACUUUACACAGACUUCCCAAUGCUUUCUCUUUCCACUGCACUUAGGAACAGUACUACGUUAACAGUCUUAAGUGGAAAUAGUAACCAUAUAAAUUAACGGUGCAUUGACUUGGAGGUUUAAACAACACAAUGACAAUGUGCCAAACAUUGGGCUUCUUUAAGAACAGUUACAACAGAUAACUGACAACUGUCUCAUCUCUGUUAGCCUCAAAGCCAUGUUGGGAAUACAGUAUUUGUUUAGAUUUGAGAAACAUUGGUUCUGGAUUCCAACACAAAAUAUCAAUCUGUCUUUAUGUUGAUUGCAGAAGGAAUAUUCUUACCAAAUUGGGAUAUGACACAACCCAAGACGUACCAAUACUUGAUAUAAUUUACAAUAUUGUUCCUUGUUAAUUGUUCCUACCUACCACUUACCACAACGCUACGCCUGCUGUAUCAGCGUCAAUAUUUUUGUACAUUGUCUUAUUAAAUAAUGACUUUGAAAUACA